AUGGAUCCAGCUUCCGCAGCAGCCUCAACCGCUUCCGUUUCUGCCUCCGUCUUAGCCCCCGCCGGUGCCCACGUCUCAACCAACUGCCGUCUACUCCACUUCGGUGAGUCUUUUCCUGUGAAAAAGCUAAUGAUGGAAGGGCUUGGGAAACAGGGUGCAGCCGGUGAAGAAGGCCCAUUAAUCAGCGCAGUGGCAGCCGAAUCCUCUCCACAGGCCUUGAUGGGGUACUCCUUAGACGAGGGCUUUACUGAGAGCCUGCCUCUGGCAGUUAAACACCGAGCGUACGCUCUCAAAAAGCUUCAGACCAAGUACCUGAGGGAAUUUCAUUCCAUCGAGAGGAAAUUUGCUGGCAUCUAUUGGCCCUUAUUGGAAAAGAGACGCCAGAUCAUCAAUGCGCUCUACAAGCCCAUGAAAGAGGAGUGUGAGGUGAAGUGCAAGGCCGAGGACAAUGAUUAUAAUGAGGUGGAAGAUUAUUCUAAUGCUCAGAUGCAGGGUCUGGAGGAGAAUCCGGAGUAUGAGGACUUGGAGGAAUAUUGCGAGGAAGAUUUCGAGGAUGUGGAGGAGGUGUUUGGGGAGUAUGGAGGAAUUGAGGGAUAUAAUGUGGAUGAAGAGAAAGAGGAGCCUACAGGGAUCCCCGAUUUCUGGCUCACAGUUUUAAAGAACAACGUCGAGGAGAUCUCUCCAUUGAUUCAGAAAUAUGACGAGCCCAUUCUGAAGCUCUUGCCAGACGUGAAAGUCAAGUUUUCAAAACCCGACGAGCCGCUCGCCUUCACUCUGGAAUUUCACUUUGAACCCAACGACUACUUCACAAAUGAGGUGCUGACCAAAAUUUAUACGCUCAAGUCUAAGCUCCAUUACUCUGACCCCCACCCUUUUAGGGGAUCUGUGGUGGAGCACUGCAUAGACUGCAAGAUAGUCUGGAAGGAGGGAAGGAACGUCACUGUGCAAACGGUCCUGAAGAAGCAGAGGCACAGGUUUUGGGGACUGUUGCGCACAGUGACCCAGGAAUUUCCCCUAGGGUACUUCUUCAACUUCUUCAGUGCUCUCCGGUGGGGUAUGGAUGCCGAUGAAGAUGAGGAAGACGUCUUCAUUGCUCACAGUUUGCGCACCUUUGUCAUCCCUAGAGCUGUGCUGUACUUCACAGGAGAAGCACUUGAGACCGAGCAAGAGGGGGUGAUCAGGGAAUGUAAUGAGCUGGCUUAUGACAAAGUCACUCAUGAGAACGGGUUGGCUGCUGUUGAGGGUGCUAAAGGCCAAAGCCUGGACUCUCAGGAAGAAGAUAUUGAUAGCUGA